AUGGAGGAAGAUGCUCAAAUAAAGGGGAAGUCCCGGUGGGAUAAUGCAAACAUUUUUCAAAAAAUGUUUUUCACAUGGAUAUUCCCGGUGUUUAUGACGGGUUGGCGUAAGAAUCGUCUCGAUGUGGACGACCUGUUCCGGUGCUCCCGACACGACGAGUCGCAACGUAUUGUCCAGGAGCUGGAAAAACAUUGGAAUAAUGAACGCCGAAAAGAAUCGCCUAAAUUCUGGAGAGCAUUGUUCAUGACAUACGGCAAAUACUAUAUACUCCCCCUUUGUAUGUUUACAUUCGCGGAAUGCGUGAUACGUAUAGGUCAGGUCCUGCUACUAGGUUUAGUGAUAGACUACUUUAGCAAGGUAGAAAAUCGCACUUACGAGCAAGCAUGCCUGGCCGUCGCGGGUGUAUGUGUGUGCUCAGCCCUGUUCGUAUCGCUAUACCACCCGGCCAGUGUGCUAAUCGUACAAAUGGGUAUGAGAUUACGAGCCUCCUCCUGUACACUCAUGUAUAAAAAAUCGCUUAGACUGAACCGGGCAUCCCUGGGUAAAACCACAGUGGGCCACAUUGUAAACCUAAUGUCCAAUGAUGUCAACCGAUUUGAUGGGUUUUCAGUGUUUGUGAGCUAUUUAUUCAUAGCGCCCAUACAGACGGCGAUCGCUGUAUAUAUCAUAUAUACGGAGAUCAGUUACUAUUGCUUCGUAGUUAUGGCCCUAUUUCUGCUGUUUAUACCGUUUCAAACACUUAUGGCCACCCUUUUCUCGAAAGUCAGGCUAAUGACCGCUCAGUUAACGGACAGUAGACUGCGGCUCAUGAAUGAGAUUAUAUCGGGGAUGCGAGUCAUCAAAAUGUAUGCCUGGGAGCAGCCGUUUGUUGCCCUGGUGGCCGCAGCUAGAAAGAGCGAGGUGCAUGGAUUACGAAUGGCUUGCUUUCUAAAAGCUAUCAAUUUGUCGGUAUAUAUCGUGGCCUCCCGUAUAAUACUGUUCGCGUGUUUUAUAACAUAUGUAUUAACCGGGAACCUAUUGACCGCCAAAGCCGUAUUCGUGACAAUGACCAUGGUCAAUAUAGUGAGCCGCACAAUGUCCUCGAAAUUCCCACAGGCAAUUACACUGAGUGCUGAGCUACUGGUGUCGUGUCGCCGGAUACAAACUUUCCUGGAGUUGGAGGAAAUGGAUUUGAAUGCAAUUAAAGCUUCAAAUGUAGAUUUGGAUACAAAUGUAGAUUUGGAUUCAAAUGUAGAUUUGGAUUCAAAUGGCAAACAAUGGCCGCAACUGUCGGUCAAUAAUAUUAGCGCCAAAUGGAGUGAAGACAGUCCGUAUCCAACCCUUCGGAAUAUAUCCGUUCACUUAAAACCUGGAAAUCUGUUAGCAGUUAUUGGACCAGUAGGGGCUGGAAAGAGUUCAUUUUUGAUGACAAUAUUAAAAGAGCUACCGGUGCUCGAGGGAAGUAUUCAAACUGUGGGCACCAUUAGUUAUGCCUCACAAGAGUCCUGGAGUUUCAAUAAUAGCGUCAGAAAUAACAUACUAUUUGGCAGUGAAUACGAUGAGCACCGGUAUAAACAGAUAGUCAAUGUCUGUGCUCUGGAACGGGAUCUCCAGAUAUUCCCCUUCGGAGACAAGACAUUAGUCGGAGAGAAAGGAGUCAUUCUAUCGGGUGGUCAGAAGGCUAGGAUCACUUUGGCCAGAGCUUUGUAUCGCAACUCAGAUAUCGUACUAAUGGACGACCCGUUGAGUGCUGUCGACACCUCUGUUGCCGAACAUAUAUUCCAUAAAUGUAUAGUGGAGUACUUGUCGGACAAAAUCCGGAUUCUAGUCACACAUCAAAUCCAAUUCAUACGAAAAGCCACACAAAUACUAAUCUUAAGCCCAGAGGGCCGGUGCCUGGGGUUGGGCUCAUACGACGAACUCCAGUCCCGGGGCCUGGACUUCAUGUCAAUGUUGAGCGAACAGGACAGGGAUGCAACAAAACAACAGGAACGGGAUCUCAUGAGAUCUCUAUCACAAAAUAGUUAUGACACCAAAAUCACAUCCCGAACCGCAUCGGUAGCUGAAAGCCCUGUAAUGCUAAACGAUUUUUAUGAUGAUGUGAUGGACGGGCAGUAUUCGGGUGACCCUAAAAUACAAGACCAAAACAUUAAGUUGGGCUCCAUUUCCGGUCGGGUAUACUGGAAGUACAUUAGGGCCGGUGCCCUGUUCUCCAAGAAUAGUUACAUUGCGAAACAGACCCCAACCCCUAAUGAGACACUCCUGACGGAGUCGGUCAAAGACAGGGCCCGGAGGUACUCCCGGAGGAUAUCCUUGUUUCCGACCGACGACUUUGAGGUCUCCGAUAUUAUGACCGAUGAGGAGGACUACUCGCAAGAGCCCAAGAUUCAGGAGGAGAAUCGGGAGGUGGGCUCUAUCGGGGGGAAUGUCUACUACGAGUAUGUGAAGGCCGGUGCCGGACCAAUACUGUUCACGAUAACCCUGUUCUCAACACUGGUAUCUCAGGAUACACAAAACUAUUACGUUUACGUUUAUUCGGGACUCAUUGGGGCCUUAUUUGUGACGGGGCUAAUGCGGUCGACCACGUGGUUCGUGAUGUGUAUGCGGGCGUCCGUUAAUCUACACAACAGUAUAUUCUCACGUGUAUUACGGGCUCCGAUAACUGUGUUUGACAACAACCCCAUCGGCCGAAUGCUGAACAGAUUUUCAAAGGACAUGGGUAUUGUCGAUGAACAACUUCCUUUCAUUGGCUUAGACUUAAAUCUCGCACUAACAAAAGCGAUUGGUGGUAUAAUAACGGUGGCAAUUAUCGACGUUUACUUAAUCAUCCCUGCUAUUGUCUUAAUCAUACUUACGGUGAUUGUAAGAAGCAUAUACAUCAAAUUGGCCAGGGAUAUCAAACGUUUCGAAGGGCUAACAAGAAGUCCAGUGUUUACUCACGUGAGCACAACCCUGAAUGGGUUGGUCAGUGUGCGGGCUUAUGGGGCACAGGAGGCCUUUGAGCGACAGUACUAUGCCUACCAAAAUGACCACACUGCUACCUGGUUUCUUUUUGUCUGUACAUCUCGUACCCUGGGUCUCAUUAUAGACUGGAUAUGUGUGGCCUAUAUUGUGGUCAUAGCCGUAGUGAUGAUGGUAUUCCCCGACCAGAUUGGGAACGGCGGUAGUGCCGGAUUGGCCCUCUCGUCAGCCCUAAUGAUGACGGGAGAAGUCCAAUGUGGUGUCAAACAGUCGACUGAGUUUGAAAGUCACAUGACUUCAGUCGAGCGUAUCAUUGAAUACCAGAGACUACCACAGGAAGCGCCGUUAGACUCAGAUGACAGACACCGACCCCCACCUGACUGGCCAUCGAAGGGUGAGAUAGAGCUGAGGAAUAUGUCUCUGGUAUACGAGGGCUCAACCAAACCGGUGCUCAAGAACCUUUGCUGUAGUGUAAAGAGUGGCGAAAAGAUAGGCAUAGUCGGACGUACCGGUGCCGGCAAGUCGUCCAUCAUAUCAGCCCUGUUCCGGAUGGUGGAGCCCAGGGGUGAGGUGGUGGUGGACGGCGUGGACACCAAAUCGAUA